GCGAGGCAGCGUCACCUCAUGGGGGAGAUGUCCCUUGCAGACAGGACUGCAAGACCCGCUCCUGCCAGGUUGGACUUUGCCUCCAAACGAGGUGCAGCCUCUUCCAUUGUGACAUCACCCACUGCCGUUGUGUCACAAAGCAGCGUCAGCAAUGAGGUCGGCACAGCAGGGGAUAAGACCAGGGGUCUCCCUGCGCCUUGGCCACUCUCGAUCUUGAGGGAACCGAGAUCGCAGAGUUUUUGGCUCAUUCCUGAGCAAGGAAGAUGCUUGUUACCUGCACCUCAGCAGGUACCAAGGGACACACAGAGAAAGUUGAACGUCUGAACGGGACGAUGAAGGUUCUCAAGGCAACAACCCUGGUGCUGCUCCUUGGUAUCUUCUAUUUUGGUGUUUACCAUGUGGGACGACUUGGUGCCUUAACCCCGUGGAGCACUGCAGACCUGAGCAAAGCCCUGCCCCUGCCAGACCAGCUCCGUGAGGUUCAGGAACAGCUUUAUCAUCUGCGCUGGAGCGCUAAGGAUGUGGCUGAGCGGGCUCUGCAUGAAGGACUGAAGCAGGCAAAGCUCCCAGGCGUUACCGGACGGGCUGUUCACGAGAUCAUCAGUCAAGCCCUGGAGAAGCUGGAGGCAAUCCAAGUCCCGAUGCCGGAUUACGCCCUGAAAUCAGCAGGUGCUGUGACAUUGUACAAACAAACCAGUUCCAAAACGCUUCCUGUCCAGAUUGACAGGAUGGGCAUUGGAACAUGCCCAGGGGCAGGAGAGAAGGGGCGAGAAGUCAAGGGUCAAUUUGUGCCCUAAAAGUGCCCCCACUGACAGAGCCUGUAAUGGGCCAGACCCCAUGGGAAACACAGAAAGGCUGGUUCACAGUUUUGUCUUUUGCCAUGGCCAAAUACGACAGUUUGAUGACUCCCUGCUGUGUGUUCCAGAGGGGUCGAGCCAAGAAGAAUAAGGGGAACCCACUGUAGGACAUGGAUGACAACUGAGAAGCCUUUUUCAAGUUGAGAGUGUAACAUUCCUCCUGACACUGCCUGAUGAUCAUGAUCAUCUUUCAAUUUCCAGGGGCAGCUGUCAUUCAUUCCAAGACUUCUCCAUCCUUCCGAACUGGCAAAGCCAAGUUCUUCUUGUACUCCCUGCCGGUGAUGGAUUACAUGAGGUCCCCUGAGCUUAUUCUGGAGCCAGAAAAUCAUCCUGGAAACUGCUGGCCCUUCCCAGGAAGUCAGGGACACGUGUUCAUCAAGCUGUCCAUGCCAGUCAUUCCCAGAGCCAUCACCAUGGACCAUGUCUCAGGGACAGCAUUCCAUGGAGAAAGCAUCUCCGGAGCUCCAAAGGACUUUGCUGUCUAUGGCUUCAAGGAAGAACACGAGGAGCAGGGAACGUUCCUGGGACAGUUCACUUUCCUGGCAGCCCUGAAUCCCAGUCAGACCUUCCAGCUGAAGGUAUGGGGACACAGAGGGAGGGGAACUGCAGGAGAGGAGGAGAAACACGGCUGGAUGGGGAGAGGCUUCCCUGCCAAAGGGUACAGGCAGCCCUGUCCUUGAGCGAGUGCCACGCUGCCUUUCUUCUGCUUUAUCUCCCUGGUGGCAGAUGCCUGCACUGCCGCUCUUCUCUUUCAUUUUGGGGUUAAACUUCAGUGCUUAUAAGCACCACGGUUGAAGCUGGAAUCAGCUUGAUUGGACCCCAAGUGCACACAAGCGGCCGCAUCCUGUAGGAUGCACGACUGCUGGUCUGCCAGUUAGAGACCAGUAAUACUGGGCUUCCUGAGGGCUCUGUUGGUGCUGGCAGUGAGUAGUGACAUGGAGGCCAUUCUGUUUCCAUGGCUUUCUAGAGAAGGCAACAAGACAUUAUACUGACCCCAGCACUGGGUCUUCUGACGGUGGAAACCUGUGCCCCAAAGCAGGUGAGAACUUUCCAGUGUAUUUGCUGAGGCAUCUGGUAGCUGCUUCUUCCUUUGCUGUUCUCAUGGCCCAAUGGGGUAGAGCAGGAUAAGAACAUCUGGACCACCACAGGUCAAAGCCCCUGUGGGGCAGCAGGAAGGAAGCUGCUGAUUGAGGCCGUUGCUGCGACACUUCUGUCAGUGCUCACGUGCCAGAGAGGAAAAGGCGACUCAUUUCUUCUUGUCAUUGCAGAACGAGCUCCCUGGGGUCGUAAAUUACAUCAGGCUGCAAGUGCUGAGCAACUGGGGCCACCCGGACUACACCUGCCUGUAUCGGUUCAGGGUGCACGGUGAUCCGCUCAAAGACGGGGGAGACACGGCAGUUUCACCUGUCAAUAAAUUCCAUUAAUGUUCACCCAGUUGAGUUCCCGUCUGCUUUGCCUGUGAUGCUGCCUGGUCCUCUCUGAGCUCACUGGAGCUCCCCGUCCUUCUCUAAACCCACCAGCUUAUGGGAGACUUCAGGAGCACACAGCAAGAUUGUCCUAAUUAAAAGAAACAGGAAAACUCAGUCACAAAUCUGCAGAAAGCCUGACAUCCACACUCUUGCUGUGACACAGGAACAUCAGCAAGGCCCUGCCUGGACACCAGAGAUUAAAUUAAUGGACAGUUUGCCUAUGCAAGAAGCAACUAAGGAUCGACUGAGUGGAACCAUCUGUUCUUACCUGUUUUCACAAGAGGCACGUGCUGCUUCAGCUUCCAUCUUUCAGUCUGUUGCUGAUGAGAAAAUGGAAGUGUGGGUUUUUGUGAGAAGGAAACCUUAACAGGAAAGUGGGUUCAUGGACUUAUUUGCCUCUCUGGGCACAUAUUGAGUUAAUAGCCCGGGAACAUUACAGAGCAAAGCAAUCCCAGGACACUUAAAUAUCCCAUACCCACACCAGUCUGUCUUUCCUUUUCACCAGAGCUCUCCAAGCCCCAAGGCAGGAGCAGGCAGGGCAGUCGUGCGCUCAGGUCGCACCAGGGAGGAGAGAGCAGGACCAGCGCUUGGCACCCAGGGUUGGGAACAGCAAUUUGUGCUCUGAGCUGGGGCUUAGUCCAUGUGCAAGCCCAGCACGGGUCCAGAUACCAAACUGAGGGUGUUGGUUCACCCCCGGUGUCACACACACGGCACCUUCUUCCAUCGCCUCCUCCGAUGAGCUGUUUUGCAUCCCCUUCCA